AUAUUGUUAUUGCUAAAACUUGUUAUUUGGAAAUCAUGAGUUGAUUUUAUUGUUGAUGGCUUUUCUUUUUAUCCUUAUAAUAGAGGUUUAAUUUUUACUUUUAAUACGUAGGAGUAAUUUCUUCUUUUCUGUAGGAAUUUCAAACCUUACCCCAAAGUAAAAAGAGAGUUGGAGAUUCAAAACAACUAAUUACUGGUGACAAAUAUGAUUAAAAGCGAAGAUAAUGAUAUUACUUGAAGAGCAAAAAGUAAGUAAUAAAAAAUUUAAAACAUUGACCCAUUAGUAUCAUCAAAACUCGACUUAAAAAUAAUUUGACUCAAAAUCAAUUAGAUUUCUUCUUUUUAUUAUUAUUAAAAAAACAAAACUUAGAUUAGUUUGAUACUCACAUCAUGUGACAUUGUUAAUAAAAUAAAGGUCAGAGUACGACAGAAUCCGUUGCCACACAACCUUCCCUUUAGCAUUAGCCUAAACUUGUUUCCAAGAGUCAAUCAAAUCCACCCAAACCAAGAUUUUCUCAAAAUUUGACGGAGAUUUUCUCAGAUUAUAAAAGACUUUGUAUCCUCAUAUAUCAACUUCAUUAAUCAAAACUUGACCCUACAGAUUAAAGAAUACCGACAAAUGAAAUCCCGCAGAUCCUCCUACGUAUCCCCCCGGAUCUCUUUCUUCACUACCCAAUAUUUUCUCCAUAUUCCUAUGCAAUCUCUUUUCCCACUAUAUAUAAACCCCUCCAACCAUUUCCCCUCUCAUCCACAUUCAUUCAUUCAUCUAAUAACAAAAACAACAAAGAAUUCAAAAUGGAUUCUCAAUUUCAUGUUCUUGCUGUCGAUGAUAGCAUCAUUGAUAGAAAACUCAUUGAGAGGCUUCUUAAAACUUCAUCUUUUCAAGUUACUGCAGUAGAUUCACCAAACAAAGCUCUAGAGUUUCUGGGUUUGAAGGGGAAUCAAGGGGAAACACAUGAAUCCUUGUUAAACAAGGUGAAUAUGAUCAUCACAGAUUACUCCAUGCCUGGAAUGACUGGGUAUGAUUUAUUGAGGAAAAUUAAGGAAUCAGAAAGAUUGAGGGAUAUCCCAGUUGUAAUCAUGUCCUCUGAAAAUAUAUCUUCAAGAAUUAGUAAGUGUUUGGCUAAUGGAGCUGAUGAGUUCUUCUUGAAACCUGUUCAAUUAUCUGAUGUUGAUAAGCUUAAACCCCAUUUGUUGAAGAACAAAGUGAAGGAUUUUUGCAAGUUUCAAAAACAUAAGAGUUUAUUGACUUGGUAUUCUGAUCCUAAAACUUUAUGCCAAAGAUGCUGAUAAUUAUAUCUCGUCUAUAGAAAAUUAUGAUUAGAGUUUGUGGAAGGAAAAAAGACGAUAAUUUAUAACUGUUGACGCAAUUAUUGGUCUAAAUUAUUAGUAUUAUAAUUGUUAGAUGUAAAUUCUUCAUAUCAACAUAAAAGUCAGAGGUUUUGAAUUGAUUUACAUUGUUUGAGAGGAAUUUUGUUAAUGAUGGAUCCUCUUUAUAGAAUGGUAAUUGUAUAUAGGAGUAAAUCAUAGUUGUAAUGACAAAUGAAUUGUAGUUAAUGCAAUAUUAGGACAUUGAUUACUUCUCUUUUAAUUUUGUUGGAUUAAUUGUAAAAAAAUUAAUAUUAAUAAUCUAAUUUUCGAUUUAUUUACCGUGAGUAAUUUUAUUGU